AUGGCAGACUCGUUGAUCGAUAUGCUUCCCCAGCCUAGACAGGUUGACAUGUACGAAAACUUCAUCGUUGAUGAGGCUGUGGCAGAAUGGCUCCCGUGUGUCGCAGCUCACCCGUAUGGUGCGAGCUUCUGGACCAAGACUACACGGAUCGAUGUCGAACAGGAAGAUACCUGCAUCCAAAGCUACUUCCUCAAGGCCUCUCCCAAUGAUCUUGGCAAGGCGAUGGCGUUGAGCGAGUUCGAUGGUACAGCUGCUAUACACAAAUAUGUACCAGAAUUCGGGCCUCGGCCAGUGGGGUGGGGACAGUAUAAGUCGGAUCCUAACGUUUACUUCUACAUGUGUGAAUUUGCUGACAUGAUCGAUGAGUUGCCAGAAGUUUCAUCCUUCUGCAAGACCCUCGCUGCGCUGCACAAGAAGAAUAUGCCUGACUCGAAUGGCAAAUUUGGUUACCACAUUACAACCUAUGGCGGUACUAUGCCCCAGUAUGUCAAGUGGUCAGACACAUGGGAAGGUUUUUAUAUUGAGAACCUUAAAGGCUUUGCGAGGCAGGAACGUGAGACGCAUGGACCUAAUGAUGAACUGGACGCAAUGUUUCCGGCCCUCUUCGAGAAGGUCUGCCCUCGGCUUCUCCGCCCCCUGGAUAGAGGCCCGAACAAGAUCAAACCUGUGCUUAUUCACGGCGAUAUCUGGUACGGCAAUGUAUCUACUCACGCAGGUACCGGCAAGGCAAUAACUUUCGACCCUUCAGUGUUGUGGGCUCACAAUGAAUAUGAGCUUUCUGUCAUGACUGUGGCUCGAUAUCGUCUGGGCAGGCAGUGGUUGAAGGAGUACCAUAGACACUUCCCCAUAUGCGACCCUCAGGAAGACUAUGAAGAUCGACUGAGACUCUAUGCAGUCCAUAAUCACUUUUGUGCAGGAGCACUACGUCCAAAUACGAAAGAGAUGCGCCAGAAGUAUGAUUUUAGUGGUAAACGGGCUAGCGGCUGGCUGGCAAUCCCAGUGCGAUUGAUGACAUUCGAUAUCUGGUCCAAAAAUAUCCCAGCGGCUAUGAAGGCUGAGGACAUAGGCGACACCAAACGACGAACGCCGCAGUGGUCCCAGUUUUCCAGAGCUCGACAAGUGUCCAAGUGGUGUCAAUAG